UAAAGUAUAUAAAGUAAGUAAUGCCUACUGUUUGUUGUAGGGCCUCUUGUCAGUAAUGCAUUAAAAAUAGUAAAUUUUUGAGCAGGCAUUAGUGCUAGGUACCAAUCGGGGUCCUAGGGGAGACCGAAUUGCUCGGGGAGACUGAUUUGCUCAUGACACCGGUUCCUUGAUUAGUAGUAAAUCGUUGUCUCAGCGAUAAUUCAUGCGAAAUUGCCCAGAUUGUCAGUGAAAUACACUUUGUAUGCCUGUAUGCCACAUUAAAGGGUACCUAUUAUGCCCAUUUUCACAAGAUGUAAUAUAAGUCUCAAUAGUACCCAGAAUGUACUUGUGAAGUUUCAGCUCAAAAUACCCCACAGAUUAUUAUAGAGGUAGCAUGUCUAAAAUGCCCCUAUUUGGGUGUCUACAGCUCUUCACUCCCUUACCAAAAGAGGCAGUGAGCGCUUUGUUAAAUAGAUCUGAUUCAUGUGAAUACAUGACAAUAGUAUCUCACUGUUGGGAUAUGUUGGACAGCUUUCAACUCGCUGAGGGUGGAAACUAUGGUAAUGCAGGACUGUCAGUCACUGGCUGUGGCGGGGCUUUGUCAAUGUGACAUCACAUUAACAAAAUAAUAAAAAGCAUGUGUAAUAAGACUGCUUUGGUUUAAUAGGGAUUAAAAUAGGAGUUGGGGGAUUUUUUUCGUUGUAGGGUAGUUGUGUUCACACAAUCCCAAUACACAUUUGUGUCCAAACACCUUUGAUAAACCUCUGUAGCAGCAAUACUAUAAAAUAAGUACUCCACGUAACAAGUUCAAUGCAUGGUCUUUUUCAUUUUGGUCAACUUAAUUCAAAUUUUUUUAACAACAAAAAGAAACUUGUGUAUAAUGAACUUGUAAAUAGAGAUAUUAGAAGACAUAAAGAUUAACAUAUUAUUAAAUUGCCUAAACCUACGACAAUAACUAAUCAUACUUGCUCAUCUCCAUCUGGCAUGGAAAAUAUCAAAUUACAUUAGCAUUAGGCAUAAAACGUCAGCUUGAUAUAAACCAAGGCCUUGUGGAUUUGCUGCAGAUGGAAAGAUAGUCAGAUAGUCAAGGCAAGCAGGUAUUCAAACUGGACACUUGAUACUACAUGUAUGUGUUCAUGGGAGAGAUAAAAACAACAUUAAUUACAGAUAAAAUACAUUUUAAUGUCUAGAACAGAACAGAGAAAAUAAUUAUUUUCUGUUUGCUGUUACAUAGACAUUUCAAAGACCUUUGCUAUUAUGGUCCACUGGGAUUACUGUACAUAUUCAUUUCCCUACUUCAUUUCCCUAAUGGACAACAAGGUCAGUACGGGAACAAUCAUAUGUCUCUCUGACACAAACACACACACACAGAGAGACAUAAGCAAGGUAUAUAAACCCCUAUCUGUGUUAUUUGUGUGGUUUUGAGCCGACGGAUUGAUUCCAUCUGAGAGGAAGACGGGAACAAAGCCAUCAUGUUGUGGACCAUCAGACACACUGGAGCAAGCAUUUUAUUAUUGUUCAUGCUUAUUCAUCUUGGACAGCUAUACCCAAAAAAUGAUUUUACUAACUUUGGAUGUGACGAGUGCAAACUUAGGGAGAACAACAUUUUCUCGAAGCCUGGGGCUCCUGUCUAUCAGUGUAUGGGAUGUUGCUUUUCUAGGGCUUAUCCCACACCACUGAGGUCCAAAAAAACCAUGCUCGUCCCAAAAAACAUCACAUCAGAAGCUACAUGUUGUGUAGCCAAAGAAGUCAAACGGGUAGUUGUCAAUGAUGUCAAACUAGUGAAUCACACAGACUGUCACUGCAGCACCUGUUACUAUCAUAAAUCUUAAAGAUACACUACGACACUGCUGAAUGAUCGCUGGUUCAUCUCUAGUAGUUUUUGCUCAAAUGCACAUUGUGUGUGAAUAUUGUGUUUAAUGUGACAAUGCUUAUGAAGAGAAUGCUUUUGUAUUUCCUUAUAGCAGUGCUAUUAUAUGUUGCAUGUUUAAAAACACGCAUUUAGAUAAAAUUCUGUGUCCAUGACAUCUUUUAAGUAUAAGAAAAAGUUGUAUCUCCAUAAAGGCCUAAAGAUGUUUAAAAUGCAAGGCUUGUCAAACAUCACUUUAUUUAAAAUGCUGUUGUUGCUAAAUUAUAUAUGUAGUACUUUAAAAAACUUUUUAACCAACAAAUCUCAAAUAAAUUGGUAACAUUU